ACAUAGAGGACGAUAAAAUGAUUAUCGGUUUAUCCUCCGCCACAAUAAUGCACUCGUACUUGAACUACUUUCAAUGGUUGGGACUGUGUCCGGUCGUAUUUAGUCAUUCCAAGCAGAGGAACUUUAGAACCUUAACUGUGAUCUCAUUUCUGCACAUUAUUAUCCUUUCGACAAUGACCAUCCUUGCGUACACGUACAGCCAUGUAAUUUUCUUUAACGACGACAGUUUCGGACUGUUCAACGACACCAUAAAGUUUGUAGCGGCGGUCAUUGCUUAUUAUGCCAUUAUCAUCGAAUCAUUUCUGAAACGCGGUACCCAGUCAAGAAUAUGGAAUCUACUGGCGCAGUGCCAUCAAGCGGAUCGGUUAGAUAGGAUUGAUCAAUGUAAAUUGUGGAAUCCAGCGCAAUUUAACUGCUACUUCUUCGGAUAUGUUGGCCUGAUGAUACUGACUGAGAGCUAUCGUAUGCCCUUUAUCUUUAGCAAGAAUCAACAUUUGAACUACUGGCCCUUCUUGACAAUUCUACUCAUUUUUACGCGUAGUCGUCACUUGCAGUACAUUUUCUACCUAAACAUAGUGAAGCGCCAACUUCAUUUACUAUUCGAAGAAUUGAGGAGGAUCGACGAAUACUCGAGAUACAAUCGGACGAAGUUGGAAAGGACUCUGCAGCAUACCUACGAUCAGUUUUUGUGCCGCCGUUUGUAUUUGGCCCGUGAAUAUUACUCAUUCAUCUACGAAAUUUCAACCGAAUUGAACGAAGCGUUCGGCUGGUCGCAUUUGGUCAAUUUAACCCAUUCGUUCGUGCAAAUCUUAACGGAUCUUUAUUGGUGUUAUUGGUUGUCAGAUAAUGAAACGUAUAUUCUGUCGGGAGAUAGUGCAAUGACAACGAUUCAGUCCGUGGUCAUUUUAAUUUUGGUAUUCGGCUAUUCAACCGAACUACAUACAAAGGCUAAGAAAACCAGCUUCUUCGUUCAUUCAAUACGACAAAUGGAUUGUGGCUCCAAAAUACGAGAUUUGGUGCGGCGUAACAAUCUGGCAAAUAAUUUCAACAACAAAAUCGCUGAUCUCAAAUUCAUGUUUCAGAUCGAGUCAUUUUCUCUUCAGCUCAUCCAUGAGCCGAUAAUAUUUCGCGCGCAAGGUUGCUUCAAUUUGGAUCUGAGCAUUUUGGGUGAUGCAACAGUGGCUAUAACAACAUACAUGGUUUUCUUCAUACAAUUCACGCCGCGAUACAAAUCUUAGGUAUAAGAGACGAAUAAUAAUUGAUGGUCGUUUUCUAUCAAUUUUACAAUUUAAUUUACUUGAAAUAAAUAUGGAACAGAAAUGCAG